GCUUCUUAGUUAAACACAGAAACAGUUUCUUCCCUCCUGUUUCUCGCUCUUUUCCUACCUCUAUGCUAAUGCGUUUACUUCUCGUCAACUUUUCUCUUCAAUUUUUGUGUUUCCUUUUCUAUGAUCGAUGGCUGUUUCGUUUCUCUGUUACAAAUUAGGGUUUUGAUCUGUUCCUAUUCAUGAUUGCUGAAUCGUUUUUCCAAAAAAAAAAAAAAAAAAUUGGACUUUGGAAUUGACCUGUAUGUUCUUCUGAUUUCACUAUCGAUUUGUGUUCUAAUCUGAAUUUCGUUGGUGUGAAUCGAGUUAUUUGUACAUUUCUGCGUAAUGUUUAGGUCGAAUUGAUUUCAUCCUUUUAAGAUUUGCUUGGAUUUGUACGGAUUCUAGCGUGAAGUCAAGCUUGUUCCUUUUUUAAGAGUCUUUUUGGGGUUUUAUCGUGUUGUGACGCAAUGGUGGUGGGUUCUCGGACUCCGAUUGGGUCGCCGCCGCUAUCACAAUCCUCGAAGAAGUACGGAAUCACAGUCUAUAUCUCUUGCUGGUCCUACCGACGUUGAUAUCCAGCGCAAUGCUGAAUUGGAGAAGUUUCUGGUGGAUUCGGGGCUUUGCGAAAGCAAAGAAGAAGCUGCCAAAAGAGAAGAAGUUCUUGGUCGUAUCAGUCUGGUACAUGGACCUGGGGCUGACAUAGACACUUUGUGUGUUGGACCUUCUUAUGUGAAUCGAGAGGUGCUUCAGGAAUAGCUGGCCAAUCAUUUACUUUUUCAAUAAAUCUGAGUGCUUUUGGUUUCAAUUCAACUAAUACUUGUUUGAGUUUAUUUACCCAGGAUUUCUUCGUUAUUUUGCAUAAUACUCUGGCUGAAAUGGAAGAAGUUACUGAACUUCAACCAGUUCCAGAUGCUCACGUCCCAGUUAUGAAAUUUAAGUUAUGAAAUUUAAGUUCCAGGGAAUAUCAAUUGAUCUUCUUUAUGCAAGUAUAUCUCUUUUGGUUGUUCCAGAUGUAAGUCUCAAAUGCAUUAAUUUAUUAUUACUUGAACUUAGCAAUCUCAUUGACCUGCGCGCUUAUGCCUUCUUCCACUUGAGGUAGAGAAUGAUUUCAUUUAAUUUACGGCUUAUUUAGUACAGUAUCUCGAAGACAAAGGUACUAGUUAAGUGAAAGUAAAUGCUAUCACCUCUU